GCCUCUUGUUCCGAAGUGUCGUGACUUUGUCCCGGGAAGGGGAUGGCGGCGAAGCGGCGCUUUGUGGUGUUCGACCUGGGCGGUGUUCUUUUCGACGGUAUCCAGAAACCCUUCCGGCGCUUCGAGGGGUCUCUGGGCCUUCCGGGUAACUUCUUCCAAGACGUCAUUGUGCAAGCAGGCCAGGAUGGGCCUUUCUCCAAAGCAAUGUGUGGUCAAAUUGGACUGACUCAGCUUGUGGCAGAGUUAGAUGAAGAUUGCAAGAAGGCGGCUGCUGCCUCUGGACUCUCCCUCCCAGAAAAGUUUUCUGUUGCUCAGGCUUUUGAGGAUGUGACAAAUGAAGAAUCACUGAACACACCUCUUCUGCAAGCUGCCUUGACUCUGCAAAACAAUGGUUUCAAGACUGCUGUCCUUACAAACAACUGGGUUGAUGACAGCCCCCAGCGACACAGAACAGCACGCAUCUUCUAUCUGCUGCGGAAGUACUUCGAUGCAGUGAUUGAAUCCUGCCGUAUUGGCCUGCAGAAACCAGAUCCCAAGAUCUAUGAGUACACCCUGGAGAUGCUGAAGGCAAAACCUCAGGAGGUUAUUUUUCUGGAUGACAUUGGCGCCAACUUGAAGCCUGCUCGGGAGCUGGGAAUAGCCACCAUCCUUGUGAAAGAUGCCGACUCUGCACUAAAAGAGCUGCAAGAUCUGACUGGGAUUCAGCUUCUUGGCCAAGAAAACUUGCCACUCUCCUGUGAUCCGGAAAAUGUAACCCAUGGCUAUGUGACUAUCAAGCCUGGUACCCAGCUGCACUUCGUAGAGCUGGGUAAUGGCCCUCCAGUUUGUCUUUGCCAUGGCUUUCCAGAAUCCUGGUUUUCUUGGCGUCACCAAAUCCCAGCACUUGCUGAAGCCGGUUUCCGUGUCUUGGCCUUGGAAAUGAAAGGCUAUGGGGUCUCCACAGCUCCACCAGACAUAGAAGAAUACUCCCAGCAAGAAAUAUGCAAGGAUCUGGUGGUCUUCCUGGACAAACUGGGCAUUUCCCAGGCAGUCUUUAUUGGCCAUGACUGGGGUGGGGCCACCGUGUGGAACAUGGCGCUCUUUUACCCCGAAAGAGUUAGGGCAGUGGCCAGUCUAAACACACCCUUCAGGCCUGCAGAUCCUAAGGUGGAUGUAAUGCAAAUGAUCAGAGCUAUUCCUGUCUUCGAUUAUCAGCUCUACUUCCAAGAACCAGGUGUGGCAGAGGCUGAACUGGAAAAGAACCUGAGAAGGACUUUCACACUCAUGAUCCGGACAACUAAGAAAGAGGAUCAGCUGCCAGGAGUUUCGCUUGAUGUCAGCAAAGUACGAGAACGAGGAGGACUUUUUGUGGGACUUCCUGAGGAUCCACCCCAAAGUUCCCUUUUGCCAGAGCCUGUACUCCAGUACUACAUUCAGCAGUAUCAGAAGUCUGGAUUCAGGGGCCCACUGAACUGGUACCGGAACAUGCAGGCAAACUGGAGCUGGAACGCCUCUGCACAAGGCAGAAAGAUCAGAGUACCCGCUUUAAUGGUCACCGCCGGGAAAGACAGAGUUCUGCAUCCCAAUAUGAGCAAGCACAUGGAAGAAUGGAUCCCUCAGCUGACCCGUGGCCACAUUGAGGAGUGUGGACACUUCACACAGAUGGAGAGGCCUGCAGCUCUGAACAAAAUCCUCAUUGAAUGGCUGGGAGAAGUUCACAAGAAUGCUUCUCCGCAAACAGCUGCCAAGCUCUAAGCAAGACUCCCAGCACCCAUCCUGCCUGAAUGCUCACUGGCUGACUCUGGGGACUGGGGGGCGGGGCGGGGCGGGGGGGAGUUUUAUAGAGAAUUGUUCUGUGAACUUGAAAUGUAUUUCCAUAUAGACGGUAUGCACAGAUCUGAUUAGAAGCCAUUAAGUUGCCAGAAACCAGCUGCUGAGACCAGAGGGGGGGAACCCAAGGUUUUGCUUCAUUAUAUGCCCUAUCAGCAUGUGCUGAAACUGGGUCUGAUACUCUCCUGCUGCACCACACUCAAACCAGAGCAAAGGGCACUUGACCUCCCCCUGGCGGCAAAGAAGAACAUUGGAUCCAUUCACAGAGCUCCAGAUAUCACUGCUCAAUUGCUCUGGUCUAUCCAGUCCAGGAUGUUACUUCUUAAAGGGCGGGACUUAAAGUGGAUGUCUUUCCCAGACCUUUCACCAAACGACACUUUAGCUGGUGCUACUACUAAGCUACAAAGCACAUUGGGCAGUAUUAGGCCUGUCGCUCUAUCUCUGCCUGUCCUACUUCUUAGAGUUGUUGAAGGGACAGAACCUAAUAUGGGACAAUCAUGAGCUCCUUGAAGCAAGGGUGGAAUAAAAAAAAAUGUGUGAAAGAAGGCUGGAUUUCUGCUAAGCAUGCAGGAGAACCAAGUAUGUACAUAUUGAAUGCAGAACUGAGCUGGCAGAUUUCAGCUCCUGGGAAAGUUUCUAGCACUUAAUGGCUGUGGGGACUCUUUGUGAUGGUGGGAGGAAUUGGCGUUUGCUAUCUCAAGGGUCAAAGGAGUUGCCAAGGUUUCUGAGCCUGCUUGGGAAGGGUGGGAUAUAAUAAAAGGAAGAAAAUAAAUAGUAAUCUGGGGAAAACUCGUGGUUCCUGAAAAGCUCCUUGUCUAGAAGGAUGCACUCAGGGGUUGUGGCAAAGCAGGUAGCAGAAUUCAGCCUUCCUUGGCACAGAAUUUGGAUUUCAGAAUCUUUAUGUACCGUCCAGCUUUAACAGGAGAUUCCAGGGACAGGGCUGGCCCUAGGCUGUCUGGCACCCUAGGCAAGCUAGCUUCUGGCACACACACACACCCCGCACUGAUAACAUCACCAAGUCACAUGGGGGAUGCCCAAUUUGGUGCCCUCAGAAGGCCAGCGCCCUGGGCAAUCACCUGGAAUUAAUUCUGUGGCCCUUCUUAUAUGCAUAAAGCAGAUAGUUCUCACUGAGCAGCAGCAUUUUCUCUGUAGCUGUUCCAAAGUGCCUGCAGAAUCUGGCGCUUUCUGGGCUUCUGGGUUUUUCAUUAUGUUUAUGUUUAAUUAGAUUUAUACCCCACCCUCCCUACCGAGGUGGGCUCAGGCAAAUUCCCGCUAACAACUUUUAUUGCUAAUAAAAUAUUUUUCUUUAGAUAACUGGAAUAAAAGUUUACAAAUUGUA